GCCUCAGUGACACUACGUUGUUGCACCGUGAAGCUAUUAGAAAUAGUUUGAGGUAUAUUAGAGGCAAAACCAACUGGAAUUUAUCACCUCUUCCGUAAAAUUCCACACACAGUCAACACGUAAGGUCAACAGCGCGGCCCGACAAGGGGGGGCAGGAGCGUGGGGACCGAGCCUGUAAGUAGACGCUGCUACUAUUAAAUAUAUGGACAGACCACAACAACAAGGGACCAGAUCCCCGUCCCUCCAGUAAGACCUGCAACCUCAUAUGAACCAUACGAACUUUGAAAGAAUCUGAACGUGCCAUUCCGUUUUGGAUUCCUGGGACGUUUGGCACCUUUACGCACUCUGUGACUGCCUCACACUGCUUGAUGUGAUUGUGUGAGAAAGUUUCAGUCCGGGCCAUGCUGCGGUGACUUCAGCCCGCUGCUGGGACUUCAUGAUCAAGUUGUAAACAAGCGAAGAAGGAUGCUUGGAAAAUAUUUAUAACACACCGAGCGGAGGAGAGAGAAACCUUUUCGUGAUACCUGAUCGAGCAGAACCGAGGACAGUAAAUCACGAGGAGGCAAGUGGACUGCAGAGGUGAAGCGAGGACAAGACAGGUUGGUGUCUCCAAAUUCACCGGGCUCGAGUUUCAGCCGCCCCGGGGGCUCCUGGUAUUAAAGCGUGCAUUUGACCUGGGAUAAGUUGUCAACAAGAGCAGCGAGCGGAGGCAAACUGGCAGGUGUACAAGUUGAUUUACAUGCAUACGUAUAUUCACGCCACUAUAUAUAGAAGUUGUCUUAGGGACGAGCAGCCGUAAUAAGUUUCUCCACCCACCCACCCGCCGGCCCUGCAGCAGCUCCACGCACCGGGCGUGUGCGUGUGUCUAUAUAUACACCAUACAGGCUUUUAUUCCUCUUCGCAAUCUGUAUCCGAGAGGGCUGCCUGCCGUCGGUUUGGCUGUAAGGGCAGGAGUAGUCGCAUGGACUGACAUGGCCACCGACCUCGCCAUGAGCGCAGAGCUGCCCAACAGCCCUCUGGCCAUCGAGUACGUCAACGACUUUGACCUGAUGAAGUUUGAGGUGAAGAAGGAGCCGCCGGAGGCCGACCGCUACUGCCACCGCCUCCCGUCCGGCUCUCUGUCCUCCACCCCGAUCAGCACACCCUGCUCCUCAGUGCCUUCCUCGCCCAGCUUCUGCGCCCCGAGCCCGGGCGCGCAGCCCAACCAGGGCCUCGCCAGCGGCGUCAACAGCAGCGGGAGCAGCAACAACAGCAGCGGCAACAACAAUCACAGCAACGCGGGCAAGCCUCAGCUGGAGGACCUGUACUGGAUCCCCAGCUACCAGCACCACAUCAACCCCGAGGCGCUCAACCUGACCCCGGAGGACGCGGUGGAGGCCCUGAUCGGCAACGCGCACCACCAUCACCACCACCACCAGGCCUACGAGGGCUUCCGCGGGCAGCAGUACGUCGGCGAGGACCUGUCCACGGCCUCGGCGGCCCACCACCACCAAGCCCAUCACCACCACCAUCACCACCACCACGGCCACCACGCCCGCCUGGAGGACCGCUUCUCCGACGAGCAGCUGGUCAGCAUGACGGUGCGGGAGCUGAACCGGCAGCUGCGGGGCUUCAGCAAGGAGGAGGUGAUCCGCCUGAAGCAGAAGAGACGCACCCUGAAGAACCGGGGCUACGCGCAGUCUUGCCGCUUCAAACGUGUGCAGCAGAGGCACAUGCUAGAGACCGAGAAGUGCACCCUGCAGAACCAGGUGGAGCAGCUGAAGCAGGACGUGGCGCGCCUUGUCAAGGAAAGGGAUCUAUACAAGGAGAAGUAUGAGAAGCUGGCCAGCCGGACCUACAAUGCCGCUGGACCUGCGAACACGAGAGAUCCGUCUGGGAAACAGGCCAACACCGAGUUCUUCAUGUGAGAGACUGAUGGUUUGUAGCAUAGACUCUGAAGUACACCCCCACCUAAACAUCCUUCUUACAUUAAUUUAUAUUUUUCUGCGUUUGUAUUUUGUUUACAGUUAUUCCCCCGACAGAAAAAGACUUUUAAACUCAACAUCUUAACAUUUGAUGCGCACAGACGUGAACCUUUUGCGCAUUUUGAGUCUUAAAGAUGUUUCGGCUAAACUUCUGUUCACAUGGGAUCACUUAGCCUGUAGACUGUUCUCUAGUCAGAAGUCUUACUGAACCAAUAUGACAUUUGACAUGACUGUCUUAAUUAAGAGAGAGCGACGAUUUUGUCUUAAAACUGGGGCAAAGAAAGUUUUUUUGUUUUAAAAGUCUGAAAGAACUGAAACAGAAGCAGAAGAAGCAAUACUCCUCCUCUCCUUUCGCUCCAGAAAGCUCCACAGACUGUUGAUGUGAAAGAGAGGCGGUCUGUGAUGCAGAGAAGAGACCUUUCAAUAAUGCAAGUCUAAUAGAUCCCUAUUUGCAACCCUGCAUGCAGGACAUGUAUGGUAACCUCCAGUCAUCUCCCACAAUCCCCCCCACAUGUAUGGAAAAAGCAUGACCCAUGGUCCUCUCCUCCUCCUCCUCUUCCUCCUCUGCCAUCAGUAAGGCCUGGGUAUGCAAAAAAAGCCACCAAAAUGUUCCCCCUGCCCCCCACAAUCCCAGAGAGGUGCAAGGACUGCGGACAAAAAUGCAAAACAAUCUGCUACUGCGAAACAUGGAUGCGUCUUUAACUGCUAUUUUCAAUCAAUUUUUCUAUUGUUUUAAAAAGAAAAGAAAAACGACAAAAAGAGAUUAUCUGAGCCAGAUUUUAGACUGUAUUUAUUUCCACCUGUACAUAAUGUGUAGAGAAAAAAAACAGUUAACUGUGUUAUUUUACCUUCUCUCUUUUUAAAGAAAACUGCUUUUGUUGCUUGGAUUAUUCGAAAUGUCUUAAUACAAAUGUUUGUAUGUUACAGCAUGCAAAUCGUCUAUGGUAUCCUCCUCCUCCUCCUGAACAUGUGUAAUGUCAAAGACAAGCCUAUACUGCACUAAAAAGAGAUCAAACUGGACUUUUGUUUUCUACUCAUAGGACCUUUGAUCUGUUACUCUUAAAAUCCUGGAUGUAAAUUUGAUGAGGCGGAAAUCCUCAUUUAUGAAAUGGACAAGGACUGCAUUCGCUGCUAAAACUCUAUGCAUCAACCCGAUGAUUAAAAAGACUUAGUUUAAUGAUUCUUUUUUUUUUUAACUUUAAAUAUUUGUAGACAAAAAUGUGUCGGGCCUGUGGGUUCCUUCUCCAGCCCCGUGUCUUAAUAAGAUCCAGUGUGUGAUAGGAGGAUGCUUGAUUGUUAGGAAAGAGGAGCCUGGUGGUGAGAGUUUAAUGUUCUUGGAGUAACUCUAUACAUUAUUCUGUCAACAAGAAAUCCCCGGUUCGUGUGUUUUCUGCUGCCUAGAUAUAUGUGCAAUAUUGUGCAGAAGUGUCCGAUGCUCAGCCAACCUGUUGGAGGUUCAGACUGCAAAUGUUCCAUUCACAUCCACAAACAAGCGCAAAAUGCAACAAUAUAACUCAGAUUAUUCAUAGUUUUUUUUUUUUUGGUUUCUUUAUUUCGUCCAAAAUCUUUUUUUUUAUGUGAAAUAAAACAACAAUCAAACGUGA